UAAGCGAGAUACGAGUUGCCGACUACAUUCGACAAAGUUACUGCGAACUCAACGCAACUUGCUCGAGAGAGAGAUUACUCGGAAGUGUGAGAGUGAAACUAGAUCGGCAUAAUGAAGUCCCUUUUCCUCGUCUUUUUGGCAGUUUCAGCUGUCGCAGCGGAGAGCUUUUACUGCACUCCCGGCGCAUCAUUCAAAAUGGACUGCAAUACCUGCAGUUGUUCGAGCGACGGGAAGAGCGCAGCUUGCACGGAUAUGCGCUGCCCUGAAGGGAAUGCAAAUGUCAACGAUAUCGAUACCGCUCGAGCUCAGCCACUGUGCGAGCCCGGUGAGCGAUUCAAGCUGGACGACUGCAGCAGUUGCAUCUGCAAUGCUGCCGGAACUACUGCCGAAUGCACCCUGGGAUUCUGCGACAAUUUCAAGACCAGAAUGGCGCCGAGAAAGAGUCAAUACUGCGAGCCCGGAAGAAUGUUCAGCCCGGAUAACUGCAAUCUUUGCAAAUGCAGCAACGACGGAACAAAGGCCGUUUGCACGAUGAAAUUGUGCGAGGCAAGGAAGGCCAGAUCCGCGAACGAUCAGUACUGCGAGGCCGGAAGGAUGUUCAGCCCUGACAACUGCAAUCUCUGCAAGUGCAGCAACGACGGCACAAAGGCCAUGUGCACGCAGAAGCUCUGCCAGGAAACUGAAGUUACCAAGCAAGUGUGCCAGCCUCUUUCCCAGUUCAAAGACUACUGCAACACCUGCACCUGCUCGGAGGACGGCUCGAGCUACGCCUGCACGAGGAUGUACUGCGACAAGGACAUCUGGAACAGAGACGGCUCUCUGAAAAUCCUCAACAGCGUCGUUCUACCGGAAAGAGUCUGCCAGCCCGGCAAAGCCUACAGCCCAGACGGCUGCAACACUUGCGUCUGCAAUCGAUAUGGAACCGGCCAGGCUUGCACCUCCAAACUCUGCCUGUCCAACCUCAAAGCCGCUUACCAGAGCGUCGAGUCGAAGAAAUGGGGUCCGCUUUACAAGGACGGCGAAGCUUGCAUCCCCGGCAGAGCUUUCUACAGCGAGUGCAACGAAUGCGUCUGCACGAGAAGCGGAAGGAGCGCAUUCUGCACCCUAAUGUCCUGUCCGACAAGUCCAUGAGGAACUAAUGCGUCUUUUCCCGAAGACAAGCUCGAGGAAGAGACUGUGCUUUUGCUCGGAACAAAGAGGCGAUUUGGAAAACAGCGCCGCGGGAUUCUAUACCCGACGAUGAGUGAUUGUACAACAUUUGCAAUUUCUGUGAUGAUUUGAGCGAGUGUGAUUUCGAAUGCUUAGGACAGAUAUAAUUGCGCGUUGACUAUAUGCUUACAUUAAGCGAUAGCAACGCGUGUGUAGACUAUACAACAAAAUCGAAUAAAUAUUUAUUUAAAAAUUAAAAGAAA